AUGCCAGUCGAUCCCGGAAAGGCAUGUGUUUUUCGGCAUUUCGCCGGAGUUAAUGGAAGUUUUCGUAAAGGCUAUGCCGGAGAAAUACAAAAGCCGUCUAGAAGACGUGAUGGAAGAAGCCGGUUUGAAGGUCAGCUACCGACUCCUCAGCCACCACCGACCCACCACCCUAUCGCCCCCUCUACCACCACCGACCCCCUUCCCCUAUUCCACUGCGGACCCACACCACCACAGCACCCAUCACUCAUGCCACACACCACAACCACAACCACAACCACGCAGAAUUUAGAGUUACUUUUGGGAUCCAUCACAGAGGUGUUCAAAAACUAG